UGGCAACCAGAGCGGGAUCAUGGCAGCCAAGGCUUAUAGCGCCUCUGAAGGGGGCCGCCUGCCUUCAUCAACGGGUUUAGUCCUUACCUGCUUGAAUGAUUCCGAUAAGCUAAGUAGAUCCUACCCCUGGGGCAACAAGAGCAGGAAAAGUCGUCUCUCUGGACUCUGUCGGCUUAGAGCAUCUCUGUCUGGGGAGAAAUGGAGCUCCUACUGUUUGUCCUCACUGACAGCUCGUAACAUUUGUUCCAGCAAAACUGGUAACUCAUGGGCUCAGUGGGAUUCCGCCUCUCUCUCCAUUUCCAUUGCAAGCUCUGCUUCUUGCUCCUUUUUGCACGCCCCUGCUGUGGAGGAAUCCAGCCAGCACCUCCCAGCUGCUGCACGCAACCCAAACAAAGCCAUCUUCACCGUGGACGCCAGCACAACAGAGAUCUUAGUGGCUAAUGAUCGAGCCUGCAAGCUGCUUGGGUGCAGCAGUCAGGAACUCAUUGGCCAAAAGCUGUCCCACUUGAUAUCCAAACCCAGUCAAGAGGUGUGGGAAGCUGUGGGUGAGGAGUACCUAGAAACUUAUGAAUGGUCAUCGGUGCUUUCAGGAACUGUGAUGGAUGUUACAGGCCGCCUCAACCAGAAGAUCCCCGUCUCAGUCUGGCAGAGGCAAAUAAGAAGCAAGGACACCCAGCGUUGUGUGGUUGUGCUGGAACCAGUGGAAAGACUUUCAGCUUCUGUUUGCUUCAGGGCUGAUGGAGAGAUUACAUCAUGUGACCUCCUUUUUGCCCAUCUCCAUGGCUACCCAACAUCGGAAGAAAUAGUUGGGCUCCACAUAAAGGACCUGAUUCCUUCUGUGCAGAUCCCUCCUCUAGGCAAAAAAAUCCCAAAGACCCUCAGGACCCAGCGAGCUGUAGGCCGAUCCAGAGAGGGUAACGUGUUUCCUCUCAGUUUAAAGCUGCAAGUCAGCCUUCUGGAGGAGGACCAAGGAAGGGUGCAGAAGGAUGGGAUUCUGCAGGCAGAAGGCUCUCUCCCAGGCUGUCAGUACUCUGCUACAGUUGUGGUUUUCUCCACCAUCAGUGGUCUUAUUACUGUCCAGUCAGAUGGAAUCAUCUGUGGCAUCAACGAUAGUUUUGCUUUAAUGCUCUUUGGCUAUGAGAAGAAAGAACUGUUGGGAAAGAACAUUACAUUCCUGAUCCCUGGUUUCUAUAACAACAUGGAGAGAAGCAGUGAGUGUUCUUUGCCUUUACCUCCUCUGGACGACUCCACGGGGACAGAGGACAGCAGCUUCUUGGCAGCAUCUUUAGCACACCUUCUGUCACGAGAUGAAGAGCAGAAAUUGGAACAAAGACGCAAAGAUGACAAAUUAAUACAUGACAAGAAUAAACAAAAGGAUGGCACCAAUUUCUUUUCUCCUCCCUCACCUCCUGAAGUGGCAUCCACCCCCACUAAUAGUUCUAGGCUAGAAGACAUUCCAAAUACCUCAUCCUAUGGCCCAGUGAAGCUGCCUUCUGAUGUUACCUGUAACUCACCUGGAACACCAACAAUGGAUGAGCCAUGGCCUGGGACAGCACUGGACUGCAGACAAGAUUUUCAAAGCCACGUGGUUACAGGUCAGGUGUCAAAAACAAACUCGAGGUGUGACGCAGAGCAUUCCAGCCUUGAGCACAUUGUUGUUGAAAACUGCCUGCCAAAUGAUGCUCCAGCCUGCUUUGCACAUGAAAGAAAUACUGUCUGUGAUGUUUGUUCAGGAAAUAAAACGGGUCACAGUGCUUCUGCACCGGGAGUUGCCACAAUCUCUGAAGAUGUUAAACAAUCAGACACUGAACUGAACUGUAUUUGCUCUGGUCUUGAGGUACUGGGUCUGAAUACUUGUGUCAAGGGGAACUCAGACAGUUUUUUAGGUGUUACUGCAGCUCCUGUAGGAGCAUGCUCGUCUGAUGCAGAGGACUCCAAUGUGCUAACUGAGACAAACAGCGCUUUUUCCACUGGCCAAGGAAAGCAGCUGCUGAGUGGUGUUACCACAGAAGCUGGUUCUGGGUGGCUGACCUGCCAGAGGCAGCAAAACAUGGAGAGAAAAGUAACAUCAACCCCGGUGAAACGAGAAGGAAGGCUGAAUCCAGCAGCUCCUUUGACCUGGGAGAUUCUGGAAGGCAGCUACACUGGGAAUUGCUGUCACAGAGACGGUUCACAGUUCAGUGUACUCUUUGAGGUGAAAUGUGCAGAACUGCAGGACCCCACUGCACUUUUCUGUGUCUGGGUGGUGAAAGACCUUUCGCAGAGCCAGAAGGAAGCUGUAGCAAAGACCCAGCUUUUGCUCUCCAGCCUAGCAAGCUCUGCCCAGUCUGUUGCUGAUCUUUCUACAAACAGUCUUGGAGAAGCCAGCAGAUCAACUUCACUUUUCAAUAAUUCCCGAAGAGCUGAAGAACUUGAAGGAUUAAGAGCUUGUGAGGGAGAAUAUGCAAAAAAUUACAGCACUCUCAGUCUUAUUGGCAAAGGCGCUUUUGGCUUUGUCUGGACUGCCAGGGGCAAGAAAGAUCAUCAGGAGGUUGUCGUGAAGUUCAUCUGGAAGGAGAGAGUGCUGGAGGACUGCUGGGUAGAUGAUCCCGAGCUGGGGAGGGUCACUCAAGAAAUUGCAAUCCUGCUGAAGCUGCAGCACCCCAGUAUCAUUAAGGUGCUGGAUGUAUUUGAAAAUGAGUGCUUUUUCCAGCUGGUGAUGGAGAAGCAUGGCUCUGGUCUGGAUCUCUUUACAUUCAUUGAUAAUCAGCCCAACUUGGAUGAGCCAUUAGCGAGUUAUAUAUUCAGACAGCUUGUCUCAGCUGUUGGGUAUCUCCACUGUAGGAACAUCCUUCACAGAGAUAUCAAGGAUGAAAACAUUGUCAUUGCUGCAGAUUUCACAAUUAAAUUAGUGGACUUUGGUUCAGCUGCUUACCUGGAACCUGGGAAAUUGUUUUAUACCUUCUGUGGGACAAUUGAAUACUGCUCACCAGAAGUGCUGUCUGGCAAACCGUACCGUGGCCCUGAGCUGGAGAUGUGGUCGCUUGGCAUCACCCUUUACACCUUGGUGCUUGGGGAGAAUCCCUUCUGUGAGCUGGAGGAGGCCCUGGCAGCUGUCCUGAAUCCUCCUCGCCCCGUGUCAGAUGGUCUCAUGGAUCUCAUGGCUGGGCUUCUGCACCCCAUUCCAGAGCAGCGCAUGACUCUAGCUGUGCUGGCAGAGGAUCCUUGGCUGCGGCAACCUGUGAACCUGGCUGAUUACACCUGGGAAGAGGUGUACAUCUCUGCUGUGCCAGGUGAGACCUCCUGAAGGCUUCUUCAUCCAGCAGUGAUCUAUAGAAAUCUGAACAGUGUUAGUGGGAUAGUUCCCAACCAAAGGUCACCUGCUGAUACCCAUGUGUGCACAGUUUAUUAGUGUUCUUACUCAGGACGUGCUUCAAACCUGUGAGGCCAAGAUUUUAAUGUUGUUCAAACUGUCCAUAACUCAGAAUAUAUAUUUAUUGUCUGCUUUUACUUUUUAUAUGUAGUUUUUAUAUCUUUCUAAAAAGUGAAUGAAUAAAUUAGUGAUAACACCUCUGGGUGUUUUCU